CCUCAUUCAUUGCUUACCACAGUAUGGCCGGCGAUAUUAGCUAGCACUUGCUCACGGUAUUCUCUGUCAAAGGGAAGACGGCAAAACUAAGAAAAUACACCUGGAUUGUUACUUAAGGACUGUACUUAUAAUAAAUUAUUCCGGUCAAGCAAGGACUGAAUAACUACGGUUACCAGCGUUUAUUUUCUGUUGUCGGCGUCUGUUGUCUCACGAUGGAGGAGAACGGUGCACACUUCUUCGAGGGGACGGAGAAGCUGCUGGAGGUGUGGUUCACCCGGCAGGACGAGGCCAAGGGGACCGGCGACCUCCGCACCAUCCCGAGGUUUGAGUGGGACAAGCUUCUGGAGAAUGUGCAUUGUUUGAUCAUUAGUGUGACAAAGACUGACAGACAGGAAGCUUAUAUACUCAGUGAGAGUAGCAUGUUUGUCUCUAAGAGACGGUUCAUUUUGAAGACGUGUGGAACCACCCUCUUACUGCAAGCCCUGGUCCCCCUGCUGGAGGUGGCCCGCCAGUACUGCGGCUUCGACGCCAUCAAGAACUUCUUCUAUUCCCGAAAGAACUUCAUGAAGCCCACGCAGCAGGAAUUCCCUCAUCGUAACUUCCAGGAGGAGGUCGACUUCCUGGCUCAGAUCUUCCCAAACGGAGCUCCCUACUGUAUGGGCCGUUUGAAUUCUGACUGCUGGUACCUGUUCACCCUGGACCUGCCGGAGUUCUGGGAGAACAAACACGCGGACCAGACCCUGGAGGUUCUGAUGAGUGACCUGGACCCAGCCAUCAUGGACCUGUUCUACAUGAAAGACGGGGUUUCUGCUAAUGAUGUCACUCGUAUGAGUGGAAUACGUGACCUGAUCCCAGGUUCAGUGAUUGACGCCACGAUGUUUAACCCUUGUGGCUACUCCAUGAAUGGAAUGAAAACGGACGGUACCUACUGGACCAUCCACAUCACUCCAGAGCCAGAGUUCUCCUACGUCAGCUUCGAGACCAACCUCUCCCAAACGUCCUACGAUGACCUCGUCCGCAAGGUCGUGGACGUCUUUAAACCUGGAAAAUUCGUCACAACGCUUUUUGUGAAUCAGACCUCCAAGUGUCGCAGUGUGUUCUCCUCGGCCCAGAAGCUGGAAGGCUUCAGGCGUAUGGACCGCCAGCUGGCCCAAUUCAACGACUACAACUUCGUCUUUACUAGUUACGUGAAAAACCACAACCAGCAGAGCUGAGAGAUGAAGGAGAGGCGUAGAAAGAAGGGCGCGUGCGGGGGCUGUGGCCCCCGCGUCCGUCCGCCCCCCCCGGGGGAGCCCACCUCUCUCCUCCGUCCUCGUCCCCCGUGUCUCCGCCCGGCCUCCGGCGGACCUUGUUGUUGUACCUUUGACUUAGAACUCUUGCAUGACCGCUCUUUUCUCUGUUUAGAUAUGCUAGCUCAUUCUUGCUGUGAUGUUGACGUGCAUGUUUGGGGAUUAAACAUGCACCCUGCCAGCAGGCCAUUCCUGCCCUCCUCCCCCCUCCACCCCCACACCCAUGGGUCCUCCCACCUUCUUCCCUGCACACAGAGCUCCUCCCCCCUUAUCGCCCACAUUCAUGGCUCCACCCCUCUCCUCCCCGCGACUGAAGGCUCCGCCCCCCUCCUCCCUCGUACACACGGCCCCUUCCCCCUCCUCCCCUGCACACAUUGCUCCUCCCACCCCCGCCGCCUCCCCCUCAUACACGGCUCCUCCCACCUCCUGCCCUGCAGACAUGGCUCCACCCACCUCCUCUCCCACAGACAUGGCUCCUCCCCCCUCAUCCCCAACAGACAGGGCUUCCGAGCCCACUAGGACCGCCCCUGACAUGCUCAAAUGGCCUCUGAUUGGUCCCCCCUGCUGAUGUGUGUAUUGUACUCACGACUGCACUUUAGACUCCACCCCCUCCGGCCCCCCCCCCCCCGGAUAAUAUGAUAUUACGAUAAUGAAUAUAAAUAUGCUCCUACAGCCAGGAGCCGGCCGCCAGGAGGCCUGAAUGGGUAACAAAGAGAUGUGCUUGUUCUCCAACAAAACGCGUCCUCUGCCCGUUUCCACCCGCACACAAUGCAGCCUCCAUCUGAGCAUGUCAGGCGCCUCCCGGAUCAUUCCACAGCACUGUCCAGACAUCUUUUUUCUUUUCUUUCUUUGUGAAUUGGUCCAAAAUGUGUGCCCCUUGCAGUUUGGUAGUUAGUGGUUCCCCACAGCCCUCUAUCACAUGGGGGGGGGUGGGUUAGGGGGGUGCAUGUGACCACUAGCGAUGCUGCUCGGCAGUCUAGGGUUCUGCUGUCUUCCUCCCUCCACCCCCACCGGACCCUCGUCACCAACGCCACCGCUGGGCUUCCACCCCCCGGGGGGGCCCCGGCGCCGUGCGGGGGGCUGAGCCUUUCCAGACAGAAAGCGCCAGGCAGCCGGCACGGACGCCCUGGGAGAGGGGCUGGGUAGACUGGGAGAGGGGCUGGGUAGACUGGGAGAGGGGCUGGGUAGACGGGGAGAGGGGGAGGUGUUGAGUAGGGUGAGUGAGAGGUGAUGGGUAGACUGGGGGGACGGUGCUGGGAGAGGGUGAGACCGGUGCCCCCCCCCCCGGGGGGCGGGCGGGCGACGGGGCUCCAGGGAGGUUCCUGAGGGGUCCUCCGGGUGGUUUGGACUGGUGUCGUGGUGUGGAGGACCGCAGCGCCCCUGGAGGUCGGAGGUCCUUCCCUCAGGCGACUAGAAGGCUCUGCGAGGAGGUCUGCAACAUGAAGGAAUAUGAGCCAGCAUUUUGACAGACUUUGUUUGGUCGCCACGACCAGGCGGAGUGGAAUAUUAUUUUGAUACGUUUAAUUUUGAUAUACUGAAAUGCAAAUCAAAUGCUUCUUCCUUGUUUUAUUUUCAGGAAUAAUAGUUUUUUCUUACAACAUUAUUUGUUAGGAAUGCAUUUGGCAGCGGACCAAUAGAUCUCCCUGUUCGUGUGUUAUUCCCUCUAGCGUGGGUUAGGGUUAACUCGGUCGCCUGCUCAACCAGCGGUACUGGGGACACUUUGCUGUUCAAAUUCUUUCUUUUGCUUUUCUUUGGAUGGUCAAGAUGUGCUAAUUAUAUCUGUACUACGAGCUUGGUGCUUAAAAUAAUAAAAUACUUAUCUGUGAAA